AUGGACGAAGAAGAGAGAUCAAAGGCAAUUCAUGAGGAACCCAGGGAAGAAAUUAUAGAUAAUGAUGAAAACGGUAUCCCUAGCGAUGAAGAAGAAGGGGAAGACGUUUUUGAUUCAUCAGAAGAUGAUGAAAACCUGGAUGAUGAUGAGGAAGAGGCCAGAAACAUAAAAGAAGGGUUUAUAGUAGAUGAAGAUGAGGAAGAAGAAGAAGAUGAUGACGAUGUUACCAAAAGAAAGAGGAAACAUAAGAGAAGAAAUAGAGACGAGGAAGAUGACCGUCUAUCUGAAGACGAUUUGGACCUUUUGAUGGAAAACGCGGGGGUUAAAAGAGCCGUGGAAUCUACAUCUGGUAAUAGAUUGAAAAGAUUGAAAAGAGUCGGUGAAGAUGAAGAAGUCGAAGAAGACGAUGAAAUCAGGAAAGGUACUAGGCCUCAGGAUUCUGGAACAUCUCAAUUAGACUCUAUCUUUGCAGAUAUUGAUGAAGGCCCAAGAAGGGAUCACGAAGAAGACGAGCUAGAUGAAGACUUAGACGAAGAUAGAAGAAAAGCUCGGAAGACUGGUAUGUUAGAUGAAUUGGACGAUUUUAUCGAAGAAGAUGAAUUUUCUGAUGAAGACGAAGAAACCAGACAAGAAAGAAGAGCCGAACGAAGAUUACAACAACAGCAAAGACUAAAAUCGUCGGCUGAAAUAACAGGUUUAUCAUCUGAAAAGAUAGAUGAAAUGUAUGAUAUUUUUGGUGACGGUCACGAUUAUGACUGGGCCCUUGAAAUUGAAAAUGAAGAGUUAGAUGAGGCAAAUCUGGCUGCGGAAGGUCGAGAUGAAUUCGAUGAAGAAGGUGGAAUGAAAAAACAAACAAAAAAAGUGCCUGCUCUACAUGAUAUUUAUGAUUUAGAAGAUUUAAAACAAAAUCUAUUAACCGAGGAAGAUAUGAUAAUAAGAAAAACCGAUAUUCCAGAGAGAUUUCAAGAAAUUAGAACUGAUAUUAACAAUUACGGUGGUCUCUCCACUGAAGAUCAAAAGUUGGAGAAAAAUUGGAUAAGUGACAAAGUUGCUGUUGAUAAAAAUUUCGAUCCAUCAUACGACCUUACUGAAUUCAAAGAAGCAAUUGGUAAUGCUAUUAGAUUCAUGACAGAAGAUAACCUUGAAGUUCCAUUUAUUUACGCUUACCGUCGUAACUAUAUUUCUUCCAGAGUAAGUGGCGGUUUCGUUCUGACUGAAGAUGACCUUUGGGAUGUCUUAAGGUUAGACAUUGAAUUCAAUAGUAUAAUUAAUAAAAGGGAUUAUGUUAAGAAAUUCUAUGAAGAAUUAGACGUUCAAGACUCCGAUGUUGAUGACUAUUUCCAGAACCAAUCCAAUGCAUCUGUUACUGAGUUAAAUGCUUUACAAGAUAUUCACAGUUACUUGGAAUUCAAAUAUGCACAAAAAAUCAACACUUCGGUUCAAAAUAAUUCAGCGAACGGUUUUAACAGUGCCAAGAAGCAUUUGAAAAAUACAAGUUACGAAAAGUUCAAGAAUAGUCCGCUUUAUCAAGCAAUCAAGGAAAUUGGUAUCACAGCAGAUGAUGUCGGUGAAAAUGUUAGUUCUCAACACCAAAUUCAUAACGCUGUCGACCACGCAACCUCGAAGCCCUUAGAAGUUAUAGAAUCAGUUGUAAAGGAAAACUUGACUGAGUUGCAAGUGUUUUCAAAUAACCUAGGUUUAGCAAUGGAAACGGUUAAGAAAUAUUACUCCCUGGAACUUUCUAAAAAUAUUAAGGUAAGAGAAAAAGUCAGAUCGGAUUUUUACAGAUAUUACCUAGUGGAUACGGUCCUAACAAAGAAAGGUAAAAAUGAGAUUCAAAGAGGGUCACCUUACGAAGACAUCAAGUAUGCUAUUAACAGAACUCCAAUGCACUUCCGUAGAGAUCCUGAUAUUUUCUUGCGUAUGCUGGAGGCAGAAAACUUGAAUUUAUUGAACAUUAAAAUUCACAUGUCAUCACAAGGCCAAUAUAUCGAUCAUCUUUUCCAAAUUGCAUUAGAGACCACAAAUACCUCUGAAUUAGCUACUGAGUGGAAUGAAUUCCGUAAAGCCGCAUUCAAAGAAGCUAUGGAACACAUAUUCUCAGAUAUUUCUCGAGAGAUCAAAGAUGACUUGACAAAGACUUGCCAGAAAUUAGUCGCUAAAGUUGUUCGUCACAAGUUCAUGACUAAGUUGGAUCAAGCUCCAUUUAUACCAAAUUUAAAAGAUCCAAAAAUUCCAAAGGUUUUGAGUUUAACAUGUGGACAAGGUAGAUUUGGUUCAGAUGCCAUUAUUGCUGUUUUUUUGAAUCGUAAGGGUGAUUUAGUGAAGGACUUUAAAAUUGUUGAGAAUCCAUUUGAUAAGAAUAACGCCCAAGCUUUUGAAGAUAAACUUGAUGAGAUAAUACAGACCUGUCAAGCAAAUGCCAUUGGUAUUAAUGGACCAAAUCCAAAGACAGAGAAAUUUUACAAAAAAGUGUUGGAAGUGAUUCAUAAAAAGCAAAUUGUUGAUAAUAGGGGUCAUAGUAUUCCUGUCAUAUAUGUAGAGGACGAGGUAGCCUUGCGUUAUCAAAGCUCCAAGCGUGCUGCUGACGAAUUCCCUAACAAGCCAACACUUGUAAAAUAUUGUAUUGCUCUUGCACGUUACAUGCAUUCCCCACUCUUAGAAUAUGCUAACUUAUCAAUUGAAGAACUCACUUCAUUGGCCAUUCACCCUCUUCAAUCGUUGUUACCCUAUGACAUACUGAAAAGUGCUUUGGAAAGUGCUUUUGUAGAUAUUGUCAAUUUGGUUGGUGUCGAAAUAAAUAAGGCCACCGACAACGAUUAUUAUGCGAGUGCACUAAAAUAUAUUUCUGGAUUUGGUAGACGUAAAGCUAUUGACUUCAUUCAAUCGUUACAUAGACUGAACGAACCACUGUUGGCACGUCAACAGUUGAUCACCCACAAUAUCCUACACAAAACUAUUUUCAUGAACUCUGCUGGGUUCUUAUACAUUUCUUGGAAUGAUAAGAGACAGAGAUACGAAGAUGUCGAGCAUGAUCAACUAGAUAGUACUAGAAUUCAUCCUGAAGAUUAUCAUUUAGCAACCAAGGUUGCGGCAGAUGCUCUUGAGUAUGAUCCUGAUACGAUUGCUGAAAAGGAAGACCAGGGUUCUAUGAGUGAAUUCAUUGAUUUAUUGAAGAAAGAUCCUGACUGUCGAACGAAGCUCGAAUCUUUAAAUUUGGAUCAAUAUGCAGAACAGCUAGAGAGUUCUACUGGCCAAAGGAAGUUGAAUAACCUAAGUACUAUUGUUCUAGAAUUGUUAGAUGGAUUUGAGGAGCUAAGAAAUGAUUUUCACCCAUUGCAAGGAGAGGAAAUUUUCCAUAGUUUAUCUGGAGAAACUGAAAAGACGUUCUUCAAAGGGUGCAUUAUUCCAGUUAGGGUUGAAAGAUUUUGGCAUAAUGAUAUCAAAUGUAUAACAAACUCGGAGGUUGACUGUAUUGUCAAUGCACAACGUCAUGCUGGUGCACAAUACAAAAGACCUGCAAAUGAAAUUUAUGAAAUUGGCAAGACCUAUCCAGCUAAAGUUAUCUAUAUUGAUUACGCUAACAUUUCAGCCGAAGUUUCCCUCUUAGAGCAUGAUAUUAAGCAUGAGUAUGUUCCUAUAAACUAUAGCAAGGAUCCCGCAAUUUGGGAUAUACAGCAAGAAAUGAAAGACUUAGAAGAAGAAAAGAAAAUUACGACUGAAAGAGCACGUGCAAAAAGGACGCACCGUGUUAUUAACCAUCCAUACUAUUUCCCUUUCAACGGUAGACAAGCAGAAGAUUACUUAAGGAGUAAAGAUCGUGGCGAUUUUGUUAUUAGACAAUCUAGUCGUGGUGAUGAUCACUUGACUGUUACCUGGAAAUUAGACAGAGAUUUGUUUGAACAUAUUGACAUAAAAGAAUUAGAAAAAGAAAAUCCAUUGGCAUUGGGUAAAGUGUUGGUGGUCGAUGGCCAGAGAUACCAUGAUCUUGAUCAAUUGAUUGUUGAAUUUUUGCAACAAAAGAUUAGGUUAUUGAAUGAAAUGACGUCUAAUGAAAAAUUCAAGAAGGGUACCCCAAAAGAGGUUACGAAAUUUAUUGAGGAUUAUUCUAAAGUUAAUCCUAAAAAAUCUGUUUAUUAUUUCAGUUUGAAUUAUGAUCAUCCAGGUUGGUUCUUCAUUAAUUUCAAGAUUAACGCAAAUAGUAAAUUGUACACUUGGAAUGUCAAAUUAACAAAUACUGGUUUUUAUUUGGUUAAUUACAACUAUCCAAGUGUGGUUCAAUUAUGUAAUGGGUUCAAGACACUAUUGAAAUCCAAUAGAGGUAGAAAUCCAAGUUCUAGGCCAUAA